AUGGUUCAAAGAAGGUCAACAAGAGAUCUCAUGGAAAGAUUUCCCCUCCUCAUCGAAAAUGGAUUGGUCAUCCAUGAGACCCUAGGUGAUGGGAAUUGCCUUUUCCGGGCCCUAUCGGACCAGUUCUAUGGUGGUUUUGAGCGACAUCUGGAGGUUCGCAGAAAUGUGGUUAAGUGUAUGCGGGCUCAUCCAGAUGAUUUUAAACCGUUCAUUCCGGCGGAUUCGGUUAAGCGAAAUCGGAGCAGAAGAGUUGCGGCAGCUGGCCAUAUCGAUAACGAGGCGGCCGCGGACGCACAGCUGGAACAUCGUUUCCAGGAUCGGUUAAAGAAGAUGUCGAGGCCGCAUGAGUGGGGCGAUCAUGUCGAGCUGGCUGCCUUUGCAAAGGCCUAUAAGGUAGAUGUCACCGUGUGGCACAAUGUCUACAAAACGUCGCUCCUCGCGGAGGAUGGUAAGUCCGCGAAGCGCCAUUUGCACCUUGCAUUCGACGAAACCUGCUCGCACUGGUCUUCUGUCCGCAACGUAAAUGGACCAUUUUUGGGGCUCCCGGCCAUCAAUUAUGGCGAGGAAGCAAAGGUCAAUGUCGCUGUCGCUACUCCUGAUGUCAGCGUCAGCAGUAGUAGUUCAUCUUCUUCGGCCAUCUCGACAAAUAAAAGGGGAAGAGAUAGUUGCAGCGACUGUGAAGAAAGACCUCUAGGAGGCAAGCGACGCGAUGGGAACCCCACAAAGAAGAUGUCGUGGCAACGGAAGAAGCUGCUGGAGCUUGCAGCCACUCCAUUUCACGGUGGCUCUUCCAACGCGUUGCCUGCCUAG